AUGUGUUCCACUCACAGAGGUGUUCCACUUCUAGAGGUCUUCCACUCACAGAGGUGUUCCACUUCUAGAGGUCUUCCACUCACAGAGGUGUUCCACUCACAGAGGAUCCAACUGCAACAAGGAAGUUAUAAUACUUAUCAUUAUAUAUAUACUUAUUAUUGUUGGUCAAUAUUUGAAAGAAUAAGCGAUAAACAUACAUCAACAUAUUCUGAGGCCAUUAAAUUAAGGCUUGAUAAUGAUUUCACUAGCCAGGCGACGUCAAGAGAGACUUUUGACUGAGGAUGGUGUCGUAUUGGAUGGUUCCGGCCAAGAAGUUCCAGUUGACAGUCUACAUGGGCGUUACAUGGCUAAGAUAUCCAUGGCUUUGGGGAUACUCAUGAUUCUAGGAGGUGUGCUUAGCAUCGUUCUUGGUAUUGUGGCCCUUGUUAAAUCAUUUACAAUGGCUUACAUUGGAACUGGAUUAUGGGUGGGACUCCUGUUUCAUAUUAGCACCGGUGCACUCGGAAUUGUGGCUGGGAGGAUCAAACACAUGAAUAUCCAAGAUGCAAGCAGAGCUGUGAAUGGAUUCCUGGUAAUGUGUAUUGUUAACAUAUGUUCUGGCUGUGCUGCUCAACUUUUACUUGGGGUUAUAGCAGCUGCAGUGGAUCGACCCCUCUAUUUCUACUCUUUUUAUGAGGAUGAUGAAGAGUUAGGGGACGGAUUGAUGUAUGCCUUUGAUGUCACAUUUAUAAUCGUGUCAUUGGUUGAGGGUCUGUUCUGCGUGAUUGGAAUUGUCAUUGCAAGUAUUGCAACAUGCUGCCGUUCAUCCACUGGCUAUGUUACACAAACGUGUGUGAGUACAUGUACAACAACAACGCCUGCUGUGACUGUUCUCAACAUUGGACCCCAACAACAACAGCCAGCUGGAUAUUAUCCUCAACAACCUCCUGUGUAUCAACCACAAAUGCAGGCACAACCUGGGAUGUGUCAACCACCACAGGCUCAACCACCUAUGUAUCAACCUGUGCAACAACCACCAGUGCAACAACCACCAGUGCAACAACUACCAGUGCAACAACCAUCAGUGCAUCAACCACCUCAAAUGAUGGUGCUCAACAAUAAAAUGUAACUUGACCACACUGUUGGCAACUGGAGUAGAGUGACAAUAUAAUGGACAUUGCACACAAAAGGAUUAUGGACCAGGAAAACAUGAUGUGGAUUGAUGAUGUAUGCAUGUAGUUUGACAGAUUCACAAUAUUUCUUCAUCUAGGCAGCCAGAGUGGGACAACAAAUUGAUCACAAUUAUAUUGAUUUAUUACUGUAUACAUGGGCAUAGCCAGUGGGGUGCGAUGAGUGCAAUCACAUCCCCCACUCCCCCAAAAAAGAAAAAAGAAAUUUUGUAAAAUUUGUUGAAAAAAUAUUAACAAAUUAGGCCAUAGUUCAAAAUGCUCAGAAUGCACCAAAAACAAUGUAAAUUUUCAAAAAUUUCUGUGGAUGAACCUCCAUAUUCCCCUUUUUGGAGCUUGCUUCGCUCGGAGUGAUGCAAACGCAAAUAAUCACACAUCCCUUGACAAUUCCUGGCUAUUCCCCUGGUAUAUAUUGUGUUACCUUGUUUGACACGGAGUUGUCGAAGUCUGGCAGCUCCCACCAGAUAGGCUGCCUUGGUGGAGAUGAAUCCUGGGAAAUCAUCAUCAUACAAUAAGUCGAACAAUGUAGUGUUCAUCCAGUACCAUAGAGU